AUGGCUCCUCUGGCCCUGCCCAUCACAGUGUCCUAUGAAAUCAAGUGGAUGUAUUUCUUCUUCUCCAUCCUGGAGUUGGCGGCAGGAAUCCUGAGCAAUGGCUUCAUUGUGCUGGUGAAUGUCUGGGACCUGGUGAGGAGAUACCCACUGUCCAAGAGUGACCUUGUGCUGCUAAGUACGGGCACCUCUCGCAUCUUCCUGCAGGCUUUGCUAUUUCUGGAAUCCAUUCACCUCACCCAUUACCAAGUGAUGAAAGACCCACUGAACUCCAAGUACAAAACUGUCAUCUUAUUUUGGAUGCUUGCCAACCAGACCAGCUUCUGGCUUGCCACCUGGCUUAGCAUUCUCUACUGUGCAAAAAUUGCCCGAGUCUCUCAUGCCUUCCUACUAUGGCUUAAAGGCUGGCUCCUCAUGGCUUUCCCACAGCUGCUGCUGGGUUCCCUGAUUGUUCCUUGGAUCAGCGUCAUCCCUUGUAUGUGGAAACAUUUCAGCUUUUUCUACUCCAACUCUGCAGUUUCAUUCUCCAGCAACAUCACAGAAAAAAGCCUAGAGGAAAGAUUCAAUUUUUCCUAUUUUUACCUUCUUUGCAAUUUGGGAAACAUUCUUCCCUUCCUGAUCUUCCUUGCAUCUUCUACUUUGCUUAUCAUCUCCCUGGGAAGACAUUUGAAAACAAUGUCAGCCCAAGCUACUGGCUCUGGAGACCCCAGCCUGGAGGCCCACAUCAUUGCUCUCAGGUCUUUGAUUUCCUUCCUUUUCCUCUAUGUAAUAGGAUUUGUAGCUGCACUAGCAGCAGUUCCUCUCACCUUAGUUUUUUCCAGCAAGAUUGGGGUGAUGAUAUGUGUGGGGAUAAUGGCUGCCACCCCCUCAAUACACUCAGUCAUUUUGAUUCUUGGCAAUAGCAAGUUGAAAAGAGUUCUCAAAAACAUUUUGCGUUGGGUUCAGAGCUUUUUAAAGGAUGUGUAGUCUAGU